AAAAAAGAAAAAUAAAGCCCAUAUUAUUGCUAGCCUCUUCUCAUCCUUAUCUUCUCCAGUUCCCCUCUGUUCCUCUCUUGGAGCUCGCGCCUUCUUCACGAGCACUUCCUCUUACUACUCCUCUCCUCUUUCUCACAACUCCCGAAAAUAAAAAUAAAAAUAUUCAAAACAAAAGGAAACAAAGCAGUCCCCAAAAAUCUGAAAGUUGAUACAAAAAACCAAGCAAAAAAAUCAGACCUUUUUCUUCUUCAAACUCCCCCAUUCAUCAUCCCACAUGAAAAAUCAUCCAACUUUCUUGAAAACCAAUUCCUUGUCAAUAUUCAGCACUUGUCACACGCACCCAAUAAUCUGAAAAAAAAUCCCACAAAAAAAACGAAAAGAAAAAAGAAACCCCAUUAGAGAAAAUCCCAAGAAAAUGAAGAGAGAUCGUGAUAGAAAAUCCCAAGAUGGUUCUUCUUCUGGUAAAUCUAAGAUUUAUGAAGAAGAACAACCAGAUGCUGGAAUGGAUGAACUUUUAGCUGUUUUGGGCUAUAAGGUUAAAUCUUCAGAUAUGGCUGAAGUUGCACAAAAACUUGAACAACUUGAGAUGGCUAUGUGUACAACAUUAGAAGAUGGAAUUUCUCAUCUUUCUACUGAUACAGUUCAUAAAAAUCCUUCUGAUCUUUCUGGUUGGGUACAAAGCAUGUUAUCUGAGCUCAAUAAUACUUCAGUUCCCUCUAAUUUUGACAUGAUUGGUAGUAUUGAAGAAAAAGAUUUAGGUGAAUCUUCUAGUAAUAUUGUUAUCAAUGAGCAAAACAGAAUUAUUUCUGAUGAUGAUUUAAGAGCAAUUCCAGGUGGAGCUGUGUUUGCAACAGAGAGUAAUAAAAGACAGAGAUCUUGUGUUCCACUAACAACAGAUGCAACAACAAGGCCAGUUGUACUUGUAGAUUCACAAGAAACUGGUGUUCGACUUGUGCACACAUUAAUGGCGUGUGCUGAAGCUGUCCAACAAGAGAAUUUUAAUGUAGCUGAUGCGCUUGUUAGACACAUUGGAAUUCUUGCUGUUUCACAAUCUGGUGCUAUGAGAAAAGUUGCUACUUAUUUUGCUGAAGCAUUAGCUCGACGAAUCUAUAAAAUUUACCCACAAGAUUCAAUUGAAUCAUCUUAUACUGAUGUGUUACAGAUGCACUUUUACGAAACUUGUCCAUAUCUCAAAUUUGCUCAUUUCACUGCAAAUCAAGCAAUUCUUGAAGCUUUUACUAAUUGCAAUAAAGUCCAUGUGAUUGAUUUCAGUUUAAAACAAGGGAUGCAAUGGCCAGCACUUAUUCAAGCUUUAGCUUUACGUCCAGGUGGACCGCCAGCAUUUAGGCUUACUGGAAUUGGACCUCCUCAGCCUGAUAAUACUGAUGCAUUACAACAAGUUGGGUGGAAGUUAGCGCAAUUAGCUGAAACUAUUGGGGUCGAAUUUGAAUUCCGAGGAUUUGUAACAAACUCAUUAGCUGAUCUUGAUGCUGAGAUUCUUGAUUUAAGGUCAAGUACUGAAACUGAAGUGGUGGCUGUUAAUUCUGUUUUCGAGCUACAUAGAUUAUUAGCAAGACCUGGGGCUGUAGAAAAAGUGUUGAAUUCGAUCAAACAAAUGAACCCGAAAAUCGUGACGAUUGUUGAACAAGAAGCGAAUCAUAACGCUAGUGUUUUUAUGGACAGGUUUAACGAGGCAUUACAUUAUUAUUCAACAAUGUUUGAUUCGUUAGAGAGUUCAGUAUCAACAUCAUCCACUGGGUUGACUCAGCCGAUCGUUAACAAUCAAGAUUUGGUUAUGUCUGAGGUGUAUUUGGGGAGACAGAUAUGUAACGUGGUGGCUUGUGAAGGUGUGGACCGAGUUGAACGACACGAGACACUGAGUCAGUGGCGAGUUAGGAUGAACUCGGCCGGGUUCGAUCCGGCUCAUCUCGGUUCGAAUGCGUUUAAGCAGGCGAGUAUGCUGUUGGCGUUGUUUGCGGGCGGCGAUGGUUACAGAGUUGAAGAGAACGAUGGGUGUCUUAUGUUGGGUUGGCAUACUCGGCCACUCAUCGCCACCUCCGCGUGGCGGCUCAAGGCGGCCGGCGAUGCCGAGUUGUAGUGAGUCAACUCACGGAGGAAACUGAGUCAGCUCGGGUACCCCCACCCUCCUUUUCUCUUCCCCUCACAUGGUGAAUUAUCAGUGAAUGGGUGGUGGGUGGGUGGGUGGUGAUUGUAAUGUGAGGGACAAUGAGAGAGACGUGCCUAAAAAUUAGUCAAAUCAUGUCUUUUAUUUUUAACCUCUUCAUAAGUCAGCCUUUGUUUAUUUUUUACUUUUAACCACUUUAUAUUUUGUUGUAGUAGUAGUAUUUAUUGUUUUUCUUUUCUUUUUUGCCUUUUGUGGGUUGGUUAGAUUUUCCCCUUCUUACUUGGCCGCAAUAAAAAGGCAAGAGCGUGAUGUGUUGGGGAGAACUUUUAUUUAAUUUGGCUGAUUGGAAGUUGUGAAAUAAAUAAUCAUUUUCCAAGUUU